CUAAUAAGUACAUGCUCCAAAAAAAGAGAAAGACAUAUGGCAGCAACCAGACACCAAAUUUCAUUCAACAAAAACAGAGUCCGGGCCUCCUAAGCACAAAUUUCAAAACAUAGCUUUUAGCUUCAAUGGCGACUCUCACUCACGUUUGCGGUUUUAUGCAAUUUUAUUGGAGAAAAGCGUUUCGAGUUAGCUCAAUGAAUGUUUUAUUUGAUCGCAGCGGCGAUAUUCAAUUCAAAAAUAGAAGUUUAUCGACAUCGCCGAAAAACGGUUAUACUAAUAGCAACCUUAAGAAUCAAAUUAUGAAACUAAAAUCGCCUGGUUUAAACAUAACUUCUAUACUUCAAAAUUGGAUCGAUAAUGGCCACAAGGUUACAGUUUCUCAGCUUAGAUACAUCAACGGAUUACUCGUGAAAUCUAAGCGUUACAAGCAUGCGCUCGAGAUAUUUACAUGGAUGGAAACUCAAAAGAACUUUCGCAUGUCAGUAUCAGAUUAUGCUUUGAGAUUAGAAUUAAUCAUUAAAGUGAAUGGUAUAGAGGAGGCUGAAGAGUAUUUCAAUUUUAUACCACAUGAUUCUGUUACAAGAAAAGCUGCCUCUUUUGCCCUUCUUCAUGGUUAUGUGAAAGUUAAAGAUGUUGUUAAAGCUGAGGCUCUUAUGAUGAAGUUAUAUAACUUAGGGCUUAUUGUGAAUUGUUAUCCAUUUAAUGAGAUGAUGAAACUGUAUAUGGCCACAUCCCAGUAUGAAAAAGUAGCGCUUGUGAUUGAUCAGAUGAAGCGUAAUAAAAUAGCUUUAAAUGUUCUCUCGUAUAAUCUUUGGAUGAGUUCAUAUGGUGAGGUGUCCAAGGUUGUUAAAGUGGAGUUAGUUUAUAAGGAAAUGGUGAAUGAUGAUAAUGUUGAAGUUGGAUGGAGCACUUUGGCUACUUUGGCUAAUAUUUAUACGAAGGCAGGAAUUGUUGAUAAAGCUCUUUUGGCACUUAAAAACGCAGAGAAAAUACUGUCUACUAGUCAUCUUCUUGGUUAUUUCUUCCUUAUGACGCAAUAUUCAUCAUUGAAGAAUAAGGAGGGAGUUCAGCGGCUUUGGGAAGCUUGUAAAGGAGUCAAUGGAAGAAUUACAUGUGCAAAUUACAUGUGUGUAUUAUCAUGCUUGGUUAAGGUAGGUGACCUUCUAGAAGCUGAGAAAGUGUUCAGAGACUGGGAGCUUAAUUGUAGAAAGUAUGACAUUAGAGUCUCCAAUGUCCUUCUUGGUGCAUAUGUGCGGAAGGGUCUGAUGAACAAAGCCGAGUCAUUGCAUCUUCAUACACUGGACAGGGGUGGAUGCCCAAAUUAUAAGACAUUGGAGAUUCUAAUGGAAGGAUGGGUGAAAAGUCAAAAGAUGGACAAAGCUAUCGAUGCCAUGACGCAGGCAAUUUCUAUGUUGGAACAUUGUCAUUGGAGACCAUCACAUGGUAUUAUAAUGUCAAUUGCAGAGCACUUGGAGCGGAACAGGAAUUUUGAAGAUGCAAAUCACUUUAUUCAGGUUAUCCAUCAUUUGGGUGUUGCAAGUUUACCACUGUACAAAGUACUCCUUAGAAUGCACCUCCAUGCUCAGAGAGCAGCUUUUGAUAUCCUUAAGAUGAUGGAGAAGGAUAAAAUCGAGUUGGAUGAUGAAACUUCUGCCCUUGUUCAAGCCUUUAACUUAUAUGUGUAAUUAAUCAGAGGUAUUCAUCAUUGUAGCAGAUUCCGCCAGAGCCUAACGGAAAGCAAAUUCUUUGUGAGGGAGGGAAAAAAGUGAAGGAAUCAGGGCUGUCGCAGGAGGAAAGCUAACAGGUUUCUGCCGUAUGCAUAUCUCCCUUGAUUAGUGGGCUGCUUGUUUGCUGUUCAACUUCAAAGUGCUGUGUUUCUAGUAAACAGAUGUCUGGCCAUGAUUACCUUUCCAACAUUCUUGUAACUUUUUUAUACACACAAAAAAAAAAAAAAAGAGUUUCACCAACAUUGUUGAGAGCAUGCAACUGGUUGCUACUUGGGCAUUGAGACAACAACAGCGUGUACUCAUUUGGUCGUGAUACUUGUACAUAUUGACUUCCUCUCUGACCACUUUGUUGAAUUUCGUUGCAAACAAGUAAUUUGCAAGAAAUUAAAUUGAAGAAAUAUAAACAAUCUGCAGGCAUCCCUAGCAUUUCCAGUCACAAUGGUGCCUGUGAAGCAUCCAUGGUUACAAAUGAUGCUAAAGCCUGUUAAUGUUUUGUCCAGAAGAAACGAAGCCAAUGUGUGAUCAUGACAAAAGAUAGGCAGGCAUCCUACAUUUGUUUAAUGAGAACAUUCAGGGGUCUCCGCAACAUCUGGUCCUUUGAGGCACUCCUGCUAUAUUUUCUGAGGAAGUAUACUUCCUUGAUAGCAGGUACUUCUAGGAAGUUGUCAAACCUAGUAUUGAGCGGCGGCAAGGUCACUGCAUCCAUCAUUUUUACCCCAGCGAUUUUCUCAGCUAGUUGAGUGCAAGUUGAAUCCAUCCGGCAACAAUUGCCUGACAGUCUACUGUUUCUCCUCUAGAGAGCCUCCUCCCCUCCAGAGCACUUUCCAGAGUCUUCAUGCUUCAGAUUCUCUUAUUCUUUUUCCAAUUCUGUGAUAAAUGUAGACACGAACACAAACAUGCACUGAAAUAGGAACCUAGCAUAUUAAUGGAUUUCUGAGAGGGUUUAAUGUAAUCUUGUGUGCCAGUUUGGUACUAACUAUUAUUCUCCGAAAGAGUGCAUGCCAUCUAGUUUGUUCAUCUAAGUCACAUUUGAUAAUAGUUGUAAAACUUAUUUAGGGACCCUGACAAGCUUCAGUGGUUCUUUGCCAGAUGCAAUUUAUGAUUUCCUGUAUCAUAUUUCAAAGCAGUUCUUUUGAAA